AUGAAUGCAAAAAAUCGCCUUAAUCUUCUCUUAUCUGAUAUACUUCAAAAUGAAUCUUCAUCAACUAAUGAAUUUUCUCAAGGAUCUUCAACACAAACACCACCAUCAUUGACAUUUGCCGAACAUGAUUAUCAUCCUUCAUCAAUGUUAUCUUCAAUCAUGACAACAACACCACCAUCCUCAUCCAUAGCACCACUACCACCACGGCGUAAUUCUUCAUCAUUAAAACAUCAUCGUCAACGUCAUCAUAUUUAUCAAUCUGAUUUACAAAAACAACAACAACAACCACAACCACUUCUCAAUUCUUCUACAUUAGAUGAUUUAUUUCGUGCAUUAACACUUGAAUGUGAACAAUAUUUAGCUGCUUCAUCAACAUCAUCAUAUCAAAAUAAAAUAUAUGAUAAAUUGAUUAUUCAACCUUCAAUAACAACAACAAUGCAAACAAAUGUUGAUUCUAAUGAUGAUGAUUAUGAAAAUUUACAUUCAUCAAAAUUACCAUUAUCUAAUGGUAUAUCAGCUCUUAAAACAAGUAUUGAAGUAAUGAGUCCUGAAAAGAGGCAAGUUGUUUCAAUAAGUGUAUCAUCAAAACUAUCUUCGUCUCCAAUUGUAUCUUCUUCACAAACUUAUCCAUUACUUGCAACUUCAUGUACAACUACAUCAAGUGUACCACCAUUAAAUUAUCAUUCAAGUGACGAAGAUUCUAUUGAUAUAUCAUCAUCAAGUACAACUCGUAAACGUCGUCGUCGUAUACGUAAACAACAAAUUAUAUCAUCCACGAAUCGAUCAAAUUCAUCAUCGGAUGAACGAACCGAUACAAUAAAUGGAUCAAUUAAUGAAAAAAAAUCCACUAUAUCAAAACGUUCAUAUAGUACAGAUCAUCGUCAACAACGUAUUAAAAGUAUUUAUGAUAAUCAUCCAAUAUCAGUAUCUGCACAAAAAUUUCCAACACGACGUAUACGUAGACGUGAUGUUUCAUUACAACAACAUUUUCCAAUUCCAACAAAAUAUGAUAAACAUAUUUUGCCAAAUUUUUCAGAAGAUCUUUAUUCACCUCUUUCAGUUUUAUUAACAUCAACUCGAUCAACAAAUGAUUUUGUUGAUCGUUCACAACAACAAAGACGAUCACGUCUUGAAUUAGUUAAUCAUCAACCAUUAACAUUACUUGAUCGUAUGCAUCAUCAAUUUUAUCGAGCAUCACCAAGUCAUAAUAAUAAUAACAUUCCUACACAUCGAAUACCAUCGUAUCCGGUUUAUUGA